AUGCGGAUCUUGCUGCUGCUCUUACUUCUCAGCGGGCUUCGGCUAGGCGCGAACGGUUCCGAUACCGAUAACGUUCCCCGUCCCGGUAACGGUACCGUUGCCGGUGAGGGAAAUAGUUCCAGCAGCGACAGCCCCGCCUUCUGGCCUUCGUUCAGCCUCUUUUUUCGUGACCACCACAAAGAGACUCCCAAGGACGACGACGACCAUCGCCACGACUGGCACAGGAGGUACUUCCACCGGUUUCUUCCCCUGGUGGGCAUCGUGGUCUUGGCGCUGGUCGCCACGUGUCUCUGUCUGGGCUACGCGUGCUCGUCCAGGGACGAGGAAGUGUACCUCCUGCAGACAAGACCAGUGCCAUUCAGCGAGCCGGUUCCUAUGUACGCUCUGCAAACACGCAACCCCAACAUCCAGUACUCACCCUACGAGUACACCGGUGGAUACACGCCACCGCACGCCGGCUACUCGACGUUUGAAGCGUAUCCCAAAUCCAGCGUGAAACCGACAGCACCGCCGGUUUAUUGA